CGUCACGAGACGUCAGUGGUCGCCAUUUUGCGUGUUUACUUCUGGAAUACCCACAAAAUCGAGCGAAUAACUGCAUUUUCUGGGAUCAAAUGAGGUUUGGGCAGGCGAGACCUAAGAACUGUCCGAGAUGACUCCCGUGUGCGGGAUUAGUAUUCCCUGCCACAUCACGGCGCUGUAUCUCUACGCCGUGAUCAACCUGUUAGCGUUAGCGCUCUUCCAUGUAUCUGUUGUAAAUGCUGAUAUUAUUGUGACUGGGAGUUUGAAUCAGACGAUAGCUUUAUUCCUUGAUCUGCCAGCCAGUUUUGGACCUCCCUUCCCAGGUCCAGGAGAUGGACUCUUGGGCUAUGUGGUAUAUGCCAACCCAAGCAAAGCAUGUGAUAAAGUUGAUCCACCUCCGUACAAUGUCACAGUAAACCUAAAAUGGAUCCUCGUUGCCAGCCGGAAUGGGUGUUCAUUCGAUACUAAGGUAGCAAAUGCAGAAAAAGCCGGCUAUGGCGCGGUUAUUGUGCAUAAUGUCGGGUCUGAUUACCUUCUGACAAUGGGAAGGCAAGGUCAUGAGGGCAUUCACAUUCCUUCCUGCUUUGUUGGAGAACAAGAUGGAAUCCUCCUAGCCACGCAAUUCGAUUAUACCAAGGGGAGAUUGGUAUCUAUCGACAACAGCAUCCCGUUCAAUCCAAACUAUUACCUGCUUCCAUUCGCCAUUGUUGUUGGUGUGUGUUUCAUCCUCAUGGUCAUCUUCAUGGUCGCAAAGUGGGUCAGAGAUAUCAGGAAGAAGCGCCGGUCAAGACUUUCAAAGUCGCACUUAAAGAAAAUACCCAUCAAGAAGUUUAAGAAAGGUGAUCAUUAUGAUUGUUGUGCUAUAUGUCUGGAUGAUUAUGAAGAAGGUGAUAAAAUGAGGGUGUUACCCUGUUCACAUGCCUACCACGUGAAGUGUGUCGACCCGUGGUUGUUGAACAACAAGCGUACGUGUCCUGUGUGUAAGCGUAAGGUUUUCCCUGGCCAAAGCCAUGACUCAGAUGACAGCAGCUCGGAGGAAGAUAAUAACGACAGUGGCCAGAGUGAGGUCACACCUCUGCUGCAGGCAAGCGGAGGGCCUGCGAGAACGAGGGGUUCAACCUUUGAGAACUCUGGCUUGCCACCUCCAUUUCAAGGUCAUGUCACGACAAUUGACGUUGAGUUUUCCGACUCGGACAACAGUGAGUAUGGACCUGAGGCUGACAUGUACAGCCCGGGCUCCUCGGUCAGCCCAGAAUACCAGGGGACGGCUUCUCCUCUGCCAAGCACAUCAGGGAUUCACGAUGGCGGGGUCCAGGGACCGGAGAUCCCCGUCGCAACGCAAGUGGAACCAGAAAUGGAAGAACCCAUCGUCCAUGUUAGAGUGAAUAAUUCUUUGAAUGGUGACAGAGACAGUGAUGGCGAAUCAUCAGAUAAAGUCGUCUAAAUUUUGUGUUUUAGUUUGUUUUAACUCCUAAUGCAGACAAUUGAUGGCGUUGCACGGAAGUCUAUUUUGAAUUUCUUAUAUGGAGACAAUCCUCAGUUAUGUGUGAUCUUCAACAGUGUUACAUUGAAAUCUGCUUUAACCAAUUUGAAUAUUUUUAGAGUUGGAGUUGAAGGGGUCUGUUUCAUACCAUGUCAUUUGAGGGCAUACAUAUAAGUCUCUUGUCUUCCCUCGGUCAAGGCCCUUGUCAUCAUUAGCAGUUAAUGAGAGGUAGUAUCCAUCUGGCUUACAACCCUGUACAUCCUCAUGAGCACCAAGCUUAAGGAUAGUAUUACAUAGAGUAACCACAGGUUCUCCUCAGGUUCCAUGUAAAAAUAGACGCUGCUUGCUUAUGUAACCACUGCUUAAUGCGCUGAGAUCAACUGAGAGGGCUUUUUGAAAAGUGUGUCUGGUCAGCUAGACUGUACUAACCCCAGAUCUACAGGUAUAGGCCAGAUGAUACUGCGUCUAAUCAACUGCUGUUAUCAUUGGUGUGAAAGUUGCUUGGGAAUUGCUAGUAAAAUGCUAAUCGGUUGACCAUCUUGGCUUGCAGACCUGCUAGACAUGCCAACAAAUUCAUUGAUACCUUUCCUAUAACAUAACCCCACACCAAGGGUUAAUUGUUGUGAAAUAGUGUGACCUUAGGUAUCGUCAAUGUCAAUAUGCGUCUUUUAAUCAGGUGGUAUGACCGCAACAAGGUCGCGAUGCAUCGUUGACAUCAAGUGACGUGACGUGAUCUUAUCUAUCUUCCUUAUUGUCUGAUAUGCGACCGUUGAAGGCAUUAUGAGUCGUCUUGUUGGGAAAUUUCUUGGAACUCAUCAGUCAUAAACAGGAUUCAGUUUUCAAUUUCUUCAAUUUGUUUGAAUUUGUGAUUUGAUAUGUACAGUGUUGGAAUAUUUUCUUAAAGUCGUACCAUUUUAUUGUGUCUAAGUGCAGUAAACAUCCGGGAUAGUGAAUCUUCUCCUUCAGCUUCUAGCUUCGCUUACAAAUUUAAAGUAGACAAUGCCAAAUUUUAACUUGCACAUUAUUACUCCAGAGAUUGUUCUGGAAUUUAAAGUUUAUUUGAGUUAAAUGUUUUAUUGAAUGAUGCAUGUGCGUUUUAUUGAACAUGAAUAGGACAGGAAAGCGUUCCUUUGCAAAUUGUGCCAAGAUUGAGAAUUUAGAUGAACACAGAUGCCACCUCUGAACACUUCUUUGUGCUAAGAUUACAUGUAUAUGAAUUUCUUCCUAUAUAUAAGAUGGAGACCACAGUUAAAUCUUCAUGUGCUCAUGGUUUCCAUUUUAAGGCAUAAAGUCUAUAGGCAAAGUUGAAUAGUUUGUAGCUAAGCCAACAUGCUGUUUGACUUAAUGAUUUUCAAGUUUCUACUAACGAUGAAGAAAUGUUGGUCUAAUUUCACCUGUCUUACAUAUAAUAAAUCAACAACUGUGAUGAAUAUUUUAAAAAUUUGUAAAUAAAUUUAUGUUCUAGUUUAUAUUAUCUCGUUUAAAAUGUUUAUCAUCGAAAUGAGCGGGAUUCAAAGAGCUGCUACUGCAUCGUAUGUCUGAAGCGCUGUGUAAACAAGCAAUCAGCGAUUAUAAUCGCUUCUCUGCGGGACAAGAAGAUCUGUUGUCUGCGGGUAAAACUCGUAAUCACAGUGUUUGAUAUUGAUUACUUUUUGCUGCGAUUGACGGUUAAUUUAUUUUGGUGACCAUGCAAACAACUGAUCAUUGUUGCAUGCAAUUUAAAUCUUGUUCGUGGGGCGCUUAAAUUUCAAAUGAAGUGGCUUGGCCUUGAACACUUUUAACCACCAGAAUUUCAUGGGUGUUUAUUUUAUGCAAAUUUUAUGAAAAGCGUUGAUUUGCGAAAAUAUAUAAAUCAUGAAAAAAAUUUUGAUUAGAAAAAAACAAAGAAUUUAAAAUAGUAAAAAGUUAAUUUUUUCGGGAAAAUCUUCAGUCAGUUCAAAUUUCAUGCUAGUUGUAUUAAAUGUUUUAAAACAGUGCUAUGAUUUUAUUCAAAUACAACUGUUGAUUAAAAAUGCUUGUUUCUGAUUUGAUGUGUUUGCAAUCAUUUGAUGUAUGAAGUGUUCCUAUAAACAUUAUUUCAUGACCAGUAAUUUAAGUACCGGUAUAUAUAAUUGUGUACAAUGAAUUGAAUGUGUUCUCUUUUUGACCAAUUUUCCUGCUGUACUUUCUCGUUUUUGGCUGCCAGUGUGUGGAAUCUUCAUUUGGCAUUGAACCAAGGAGGAUAACUCAUUCCCAAUAUCCAAGAGGAGUUCUCUAUACCAAUUUGGCAGUAAUUCUCUUUCAUACUCUAUUAUCUGUACAUAGUCUCCAAACAACGACAUUUUCUUAAUGCUGUCGUUCCUACAAAGAGCAAGUGUGCGCUGCACUGGUAGAUUUUGUCUUCGAAGUUUUGCCUGCAGUCAUUAGUCUGAUAGCUUGCCAGUUCUACUGUUCUGCUGAUGACGAUUUAGCAACUGGGCCCUGAUAUUCUAAGGCAGGAGAAAGUUCCUGAUGCCACUCGGAGUAAGACCCAUAAUCAUUCGGUUCUGAGCCCAGUAGCCAACUCAUUAGAUUCCCAGUAUGCAGCAAACAAGAAUUGAUAAAGACAAGUCUUGAUAAAUUCUUAAUGCAGCGGAUGACAAAAUAUUGCGUAUUUCUGACUUGAAUUUGACUGAACUUCAGGAUUCGCAGGCUUGAUGAACAGGCCAUAACCAUGCAAAGGAAUACAUCCAUUUUUUUCAAAUUUGUCUGACUCUAAUUGGGAUUUUCACAUUGUCGGUUUUCAUCUAUCUUCCUCGAAACGUGGAUUCAAAAUGAAUUGUAAAUAAUAUAUUUUAUAAUAGAUUUCACUUUUUCUACUAUUGACUUUAACUUGCAUGAUAUGAUGUGAUAUUUGUAACACUAAAUGGCGUUAUUCUUGGGGAUACUUUCCGAAUGCAUUGACAGAACAGGCAAUAAAAAUGUAGCAUGUGAAGAUGUCAUACUUUAUUUGACGAAACAGAAUGAGUUUUCUGGUUGAAAUUUCGGACAGAUUCCACUUGAAUGUAAAAUUUAAUCACUUUUGAGAUGAUUUUCAGCACUGUUUUGCUUAUACUAAAUAGCAGGAUCCAUGGACAUAUGAAUUUUGAAGAAGUCUUACAAGUAUGGUUUGUGCGAGUUACUUUUUCAGCUACCCCAUGGUUUGACAUAAGGCAAGGCCAACAGCCAUUGGCUGCAUUUACCCUUGGCCCUAAAACUUCAGAAGGUCAGGGUUUUACUUUUCAAGUAGCUCUGUGCAAGUAUCUAACCCCAUGUUCAUUUUGUUGUCAAAGCAGAGUUAAAAUUUGCCUAAAUUAGCUGAUGUCAAAUCAUUUCGUGUCCGGAAUGAUAGAAGUAAUAUAGUUAUUAAAUGCUUGGGAAGAAUACAUCAUCUGAGGUAAACUGUAAUAUUUUGUAUAUUGAAAUGAUUAUUGUAAAAUAAAUGUACAAUUUGAAGAAAAAUAUCA